AUGAUACAGAUUGAUCGCCUCAUUGCUGACUACACGGUACGUAACCAGUACAAGUGCGCCCAUGUGUUUUUCACGGAGGCUUGUACUGACACGCUAUUUUCCGAAUUGUCUCGCAGUGCUGCCGCUCGCUAUAUCAAAACUUUGAAAGAAAUCAACAUCGCUUUUACUCCUUAUGAAAGUCAGGUGUACACAUUGGACUCACCUGACACAUAUUUUCUUUACUAUAAUGCUCAGAAACAGGGAGGAUUAACAUCCAAUCUUGAGCGCAUAGCCGAACAACUUGCAACUGUCUGUGCAACACUAGGAGAAUAUCCUUCUCUGCGGUAUCGAGCUGACUUUGAAAGAAAUGUGGAACUUGGCCAUCUAGUUGAACAAAAACUAGACGCCUACAAGGCUGAUGACCCAACCAUGGGAGAAGGAGCUGACAAGGCUCGUAGUCAACUGCUUAUCAUAGGUAUGACCAUUUGUACGCCGGUUUAG